AUGAGUUCCACAAUUAUUGAUAAUAAAGAGAAUUUAUUAAAAGGUAUUGGGGAAAAGGAAACUUUAAGAACCUUUUUAGAGAUGAUAAUGAAUGAAAGUACAUAUACGAAUUUUAAAGUUACAGUAAAAGACAAUAGAGAGUUUUUUGGGUCUUUAAAAUAUCUAGAUAAAAAUUAUUUAUUUCUUACAAGUUGUGAGGAGCAUUAUAAAGGUUCUCCUACACAUGGUAGCCAAGCUUAUAAAAGAGAUUGCAAUGAUGUUUUAAUUCCGUUAAGUUUAAUAAAAUCAAUUGAAAUUGAAAAAAAAUUUUUUAAUAAUUGUUAUGAAGAAUUUACAAAAAAUAUAACAUAA